AGAGUUUCCUCUUUUGUGUGUUUUCCACCCUGGAUUUCCCCCUGCGCCGGUUGCCACCACAGGGAGGCUGAGCGCUGUGGGACCAGGCUCCAUGGAAAAGCCUGAGUUCCUAUGGAAAAGCUGAGCAUUGCCAGCAGCCCUCCACUCCAGUUAAGUGUCUCUCUCUCAGCAGGUGCUGAGCCAGAAUGGGCUUUGCUGAAGAGAAAGUGUACGAAUACAUUAUGAGAAACCUCAGGAAUUUCAGGAACAUCCGUGUGGCGUCGCUGGCCGAUUCCCUGAGCUGCCUCACUGAUGCUGACAGAGAUGAGCUCCAUGCCCGGGAGGAAGCACGAGGCAGCCAGGCCACUGUCUACAAGUUCUAUCAGCACCUGAAGUGCCGGCAGGGCUGGGUGAGGGACCUCAUCGAGGCACUGCGCCAGAACAAUGCCGGGGACCUGGCCGAUGAGCUGCAGCACGUGUACGACUCCUGCCAACGCUGUCCCCCAGCUCCCACCACUGCCUCCUCCCCUCCUGCAGCCAGCAAUGCCCAUCCCACUGUCACCUCCACCGCAGUCCAGACACUGUCCCCAGCUCCUGACCCUGCUCCAUGUGCCCCGCUGGCUGAGCAGCCACACCAAGACCUGCCCAGUGCUGCCACCACCACAAGCAUGGACCUGGAUGCCAGAACCCCAGUGCAGGAAUCGCUCCCCAAAAUCCUGCAGCAAGAGACACCCCAGCUGCCCCCACCUAGGAGCACAGUCCAUGAUGGAGUGAGCACUGGGCAUGGCACUGACGGGUAUCGCUGUGACCCCACUGAGGUCAUGCAGGCACCAGUGCGGACCCCUGGGACAGGCAGCUUGUCCGUGGCAUCAGCUGUGCCCAGCGAGUGUGGCCGGGACUGGCUGAGCCGCCCGCAGCACCCGGUGUGUGUGGACAACGGAUGCUUUGGGAAUGCCAACCACCUGCAUCGUGGUACACCAGGCUUGGGCCUGGGCAGGUCUCAUCCACCACGGGAUGCAGAGGGUGCUCACAGCCCCUCGCAGCCCAGGAAUGAGCCCCAGGAGGACUCGUACAUCUCCACUGAGUCACCCCUGAAACUGGAGGAGGCCACUCACAGCAGGGGGACGCAGCCCCUCAACUCCCUGCCCCCAAAAAAGGCUGUGUCUGGCCCAGAGCAUGGUGAGCACCUGGGAAGCUUCGUGGAUGUGCGCAGCCCCCUCCUCAUACAGCAGCAGUUUGAUGCGGAGCAGAAGCUGGUUGGGAUGCUGCGAGAGCACAGAGGCGAUGGAGCAAACACUCAGACCAACUCUAUGCCCAGAGACACUUCCCCAUCCUGUGACAGCUCUGUGAAGCCUGGACGAGAGAAUAAAAUGCCCAUGGGGGUGACAGCCACCAGCACCCCUUCCAUGCCACUGAAGGAGCAUGUGCUCCCGGCCUCUGUGGACCCUCUCCUGGACACAGCUGCUGCAGGAAGCGUAUCUGGGAGGGCACCCCGCCGAGUGAGCUCUGCCACCACCAUCUGGGCAUCCUACAGCAAUGUGGAGGGGGAUGUAGAGCCCAGCAAGCCAGGUGUCCUCCUGUCUGUUGCUGGGGACAGCCCAGAAGCAAGUGGCAGAUGCCUCAGUGGCCCCUGCUCCAGCGUGUCCAGCAGCCUCACCUUCAGGAGUGACCCUCUCUUGAUAAGCACAGAGAGCUCCAGCUCAGGAGAAGCACUGCCCAGAGUCUCGUUAGGAUGCCCAGCACCAGAACCUAGGGAAGAGGCAUCAGCUGAAGCAAGCAGAGACUCUUACCCACUUCCAAGCUGGAGCAGCACCCAUGAGGUCCACGUGGAGCAUCACCCCAGCGCCCAGCUUGACGCUGGCAAUGACCUUCAAGACAGAGCCAAUCCCAUUGGAAAUGUAGGUUUUGACUCUGUGACCAGGUUGUCUCAGGGCAGUGACCACUCAAGUGGCAGCAACUGGCCAUCCCGGUCAUACCUCAUCCCAACUGUGGGCAUCGCUGCGAUUUCAGUGCUGGCAUUCCUGGUGUGCACUCGAUGGCAGAAGUGAGGGUCACUCAGCAGGUCCUCUUCAUGGCAGGGAUUUGGGCAACACAUCUGAAGCCUGAGGAGCAGCAGUGGGGAGAGUAGGGAUGUUGUUAAAUCUAUUUCCGGAAGGUUCUGCUGGAAGAAGCCUUCAUUGGAUGAUACUGUUGGGUUUGGGUCUGUUCCUCCUGUUUCCCAACCAUAUUCUUAUCUGU